AACCAGCAACUCCUACUAUGGAAAUACCAAGGGUUGUGGCAGCACAAGCAAAGUCCCAAGCUCCAUCAAUUUCAUCAUACAAUGACAAAAUUCGACCAUUGCUUGAUGUCAUUGAUAGACUCAGGCUUCUUAUGGUGAUGAAAGAAGGCAUACAACUCCCCACAAUUGUUGUGGUUGGAGACCAGUCAUCAGGAAAGUCUAGUGUUCUUGAAUCCUUGGCCGGUGUUAAUCUUCCUCGUAGCCAGGGCAUUUGCACCAGGGUACCUCUCAUUAUCCGGUUGCAGAACCAUGCAUGUCCAAGGCCAAAGGUUUACUUGGAGUACAAUGGAAAAAUAGUUCCAACGGAGGAAUCCCACAUUGCAACAGCCAUAAAUUUCUCAACUGAUGAGGUUGCGGGCCGUGGUAAGAGCAUAUGCAACACCCCGGUCACUUUAGUGGUGAAGAAGGAUGGGGUUCCUGAUCUUACCAUGGUUGAUCUUCCUGGAAUCACGAGAGUGCCCGUCUAUGGUCAGCCUGAAAAUAUACAUGAGCAGAUCAGAGACAUCAUCGUGCAGUACAUAACACCUAAGGAAAGCAUUAUCCUUAAUGUUUUGUCGGCCACCGUCGAUUUUUCAACCUGUGAAUCCAUUAGGAUGUCGCAGCAAGUGGACAAGAUUGGUGAGAGAACUCUUGCUGUGGUUACUAAGGCCGAUAAGGCCCCCGAAGGGCUUCUCGACAGGAUUACUGCAAAUGAAGUGAAUACAGGACUUGGUUAUGUUUGUGUUAGGAAUCUCGUCGGGACCCAAGAAGAAGCAAGGAAGGAAGAGGCCAGAUUGUUCGAAACUAAUACAAAUUUAUCAAGUAUUGAUAAAUCUGUGGUGGGUGUUCCAGUGCUGGCCCAAAAGCUUGUUCAAGUUCAGGCUAAUAUCAUUGCAAAGUGCUUACCAGAGAUUGUGAAAAAGAUUAGUGCAAAGCUGGAUGCGAAUGUUUCAGAGCUAGAGAAAAUGCCCAACGCUUUCAGUUCUAUUGCCGAGGCCACACAAGCUCUUAUCAGGAUCAUUGGAGCAGUUAAAGAAUCCCUCAAGAAACUUCUUUGGAGAUGGGAAUUUGAUGAAUACCCUGAUGACAAUACAAAGCACGGCACUGCUCGGUUUGUCGAAAUGCUCGACAAGUUUUCCGAUGACCUUUGCAACUGCGAGAAAAAGUAAUCUUGCAAAAGACUUUUUAGCAGAAGAGAUCAAGGUUUUGGAAGAUGUUAGGGGAAUCAGACUACCAAACUUCCUUCCCCACGAAGCAUUCCUCCGUAUCCUACAAAGAAAAAUCGAGAGGAUAUCGCAUCUGCCAGUCAAAUUCGCUGAAAAUGCUUGGGAUUACAUAGAUGAUGUGGUGAUGUCAGUUUUUACACGCCACUCGGAAAUGUAUUACCUCCUCAAGGUAUGCACCAAAAGUGCUGCUCACAAGCUUGUUCAAAAGAUGAGGGAGCAAUCAAUCAAUAGGGUGAAGGAGAUUGUACAAAUGGAAAAGCUGACCGGCUAUACUUGUAACCCUGAUUACAUGACGAAGUGGACGAACCUCAUGAGCCAACAAGGCUACUUCAUAAGCCAAGUAAAUACCGGACCAAACAUAA